AUGUACCUGCUGCUUGUGCUGCCGCUGCUGCUGCUGCUGCGGGGGUCUGAAGCUCAGACCCAUCGGAUCAUUGGAGGGGAAGAAUGCGUUCCCCACUCACAGCCAUGGCAAGUUGCGCUGUAUUAUUUUAGCGACUUUAUCUGCGGAGGAGUCUUAAUAAAUGAAUGGUGGGUUCUGACGGCUGCUCACUGCAAUCAGUCGAACCUUCAAGUUCUACUAGGAGCUCAUAACAGAACCAGCCCUACAGGAGACGAGCAAUACACUUACGCUGCAAAGAUAUGUCCUCAUCAGGACUUUGAACCUGUUACAUAUGACAAUGACAUCAUGCUGCUCAAACUGGCAUCAGAAGCCGACAUUAAUACCUGGGUGGCACCUAUCCCAUUAGCCAGUUACCUGGUGGAUGACAAUAGCGAGUGCCUUGCUUCGGGAUGGGGGAGCACCACAAGCCCUGAAGAGACCUACCCAGGCGAGCUACAGUGUGUAAAUAUUACUACAGUGAGUAACAGCGACUGCCAAGACUACUACCCGAGAGAUACCAUAACCGACAACAUGCUGUGCGCUGGGGAUGUGGCCGGAGGGAAAGACACUUGUGGGGGAGACUCGGGGGGGCCGCUGGUCUGCAAUGAAGAGCUUCAUGGAAUCACAUCUUGGGGGGAUUUGGUCUGUGGUUCCCCAGAUAAACCCGGGGUGUUCGCCAAAGUGUCCAAUUACAUCGACUGGAUCAGUGACGUCAUGGAGAAUGAAGCCCCCUGCUAUGUAGUUGGAUAAUUCCUCUGCACUUGGGCUUUAUUUUAUUAAAGCGUUAACCCCCUCCUUUACUAAUACAGAUAUCUCAAACAAC